AUGAACUUUGACAUACUUCAGUUUGAAUGCAAUGGUUUUCGAAUUCGUUAUUUAAUAACAGUGAUUCGUAUUGAUUCUCGCACAACUCAGAUCGAAAUGGCCGAAAAUAAUAAUUUAUCUGAACUCAUGGACAAUAUAUUUGAGGAAGGUUAUGUGGAAUGGGGCGAGGUACCUCCACCAAUUAUUGGUGAAAAAAUUUUCGACUGGAUGAUGCUUUUCAUUGGCAUCGUCGGAUUGGUUACACCCCUCUUCCUGGCUAUAACCAUACGUAGAUUCAAAAGGCUGAGGACCAGGAUCAAUACUUACAUCUUCAACAUUAUGCUGUUGACGAUUGUGUACUACAUUAACAGUCCAGUCAUGGAGAUUUUAUACAUUUUCGUCAAAUUUGAGUAUUUAUGGUGCUGGUCAUUUCAUUUAGAAUGUACUGCUGUAUUUAUGAUCUUUAUCAUGUCUUUCUGUAUGUUACUGGAUUGGACGUUAAUGGCAUUCCAUCCCAACUUCAUGGUACGAACGAGAAGCAUCCACAAAUAUUUUAUUAGUUUCCUUUAUGUACUUGGCCUGAUAGUUUGGCUAUUAAAAGGUUUUGGUUGUCAGUACAGCUUUUUCAUUACAGAUGUAUUAUUCCAUAACAUUGCUUUCAUCAUCGUAUGUGUGUCAAUAGCAAUACUAGACAUAAUAAUAGCCAAAAACAAAGUGCCAUACGAGUCCACCAAAACGAUGUAUGCCGUCACAAUGGCAAACUUAUUCGUUUACUCCUGGUUGCCAGAAUUUGUUUCCUAUAAUUUGUUAGACCAAAAUUACACGGACAAUCCUAUCAUCCUACUCAUUUUACUUGUAAUAGCCAGAUUAUCAACGGCUUUCGCCCAUCUGAGUGCCGUUAUUGCUUGUUAUUUGCUUGGUCAUCGUAACAAACAUUUCAAGAUGGCAUUCGACAGAACUUUCAAAAAGUUGGUGAAGAAUUAUGACACGGAUGACUUGGAUGUUGCCUCAGAAGAUGAAAAAGAGGCGGACGGUUCAAUUGUUGAACGAGGUACUCCUCAAAGUUUUGUAAAUUAAAUGUGAUUGAUAAUUAGAGAUGUGUUACUUAAGUCUAGUUUUAGUAGACGUUUUUUAUUUAUUUUUGACAUUAUAUGUCGUUCAAUAAAAAUUUAAAGUAAAUUAAAUCUUUUGUUUUAUUUGUGUACGCGUGUUAACAUGGUAACAAUCCGAUUGUAAAACAUUUGUCAUUUUCAGUCCACGAAGGUGUGUGCACAUUAUGAUCCGGUGCGAUGCUUAAUCAAUAGAGUUAUGUAUGUACCUCUUACUGAACCAAAUUAAUUUUCAGAUAAAAAUGAGUGAACUUAACGAUAAUUUGACAGCAGUGAUGGAUGAUGUGUUUAAAGAUGCAUAUGUGGAUUGGUCCGGGCUGCGUAUACCAGAAUUCAUUGAGACGGCCUUUGACUUAAUCUUAUUUUUUACUGCACUGGUGGGAGUUGCUGCAAGCCUUUUUGUGGCUGUCACCAUCUUAAGAUUUAAAAGAUUGAGGACCAGAACUAAUGCGUACAUUUGCACGCUUUCCUUUUUAUUCACAUGUUAUCACUUAGCUCUCCCGGUUAUGCAAAUUAUCUACAUGUGCCUACAGCAGGAAGUUCUUUGGUGUUGGGCACUUCAUUUACGAAACAUCUCUUUAACUAUGACGUUCAUUGUAUCUUUUUUUAUGUUAUUGGAAUGGACUUUAUCGAUGUUCCGGUGCACAUACUUAACAGAAACUCAGAAGAUUCAUAAGUAUAUUUUAGGACUUGCACUUUUAUUGGGCUUGGUAAUAUUCAUAUUGCAAGGUGUGCAGUGCUACAACAUUAUUUUCAUCGCUGAUGGUUUUAUGUUUCGUAUUUGCUACACUAUAAUUUGUUGCUUAAUAACAGUGCUGGACAUAAUCAUAGCUAAAACCAAAGUACCCUAUGAAUCCAAGAAAACAAUGUAUGUUAUUACAAUGGCAAAUCUGUACGUUUUCUCUUGGUCACCACUUUAUAUUGUCUUCCAUGCAAUGAACCAUGCCCAUUAUAAGAUACAUCCAAUUCUUUUCCUUAUUUUGGAAAUAUUGGGAAGAAUAACCGUGUUCCUAGUUCAUGCCUAUCCAAUACUGGGCUGUUAUUUGCUGGGUCGUCUCAAUAAUCAUUUUAAGAUGGCAUUUGCUAGAACUUUUAAGGGAAGCAGUUAUGUUGAUAAUGAUUUAGACAUCAAUUCUGAGGAGUUAAAAAGAAAAUAUGUGAGAUCCUGUUACAUUGAUUUCCUAGGAAACAUUAAUAUUCACUAGUCUUUAAUUUUGUAAUACCUAAUAUUUACUUGCAAAUAGAAUUAUAUUUAUAAUCAUGUUUAUAAUGGUAUAUGCUCCUUUAUACACUUCAUGAUAUACAUAUUGGACAAGCAGCCAUCUGUAUUAAAUUAAUGUUUCAGAUAUAAUGAACACAGAUAAUAUAUCUCAAGUGGUGGACAAUGUGUUUGAGGAUAUCAACAUAAACUGGACAUCGGCAUAUACGCCGAGUAUCGCCCAGGAACUCUUCGAUUGGACAAUAUUUUUUAUCGGACUCGUGGAAUCUAUAGCAAAUAUUUUCUUAAUCACCACAAUUUGUCGUUUCAAAAAACUUAGGACUAGAAUCAAUACUUACAUCAUGAACGUGGCCAUAUUAAGUGUGGUGUACUAUGUGGUUAUACAGGUCUUCCUUAUAUUGAUCAUCACUCCAAAGUAUUUUUGCUGGGUUUAUUAUUUGGGGAUAUCGGCACUAUGCUUACAAUAUCUUAUGGCUUUCUGCAUGCUUCUAGAUUGGACUUUGACGACAUUUAAGGCUAGUUUCAUAGAAAAAAUUGGUAAUUUCCACAAACACAUUUUCUUGAUUCUUUACUUGUUUAGCCUGGCUGUGUAUAUCUUUCAAAUUCUUAUGGAUUGUCAUUUACAAAUGCUCAAGACGGACCUAUUAUUUUUCAGGAUUGCUUUUAUUACAAUAUGUUUAGCAAUGGCAAUUCUUGACAUUAUUUUAAUUAGAAUCAACGUACCAGAGGAUGCUACUAAAGAAUUUUACGUUGUUAAAAUUGCAAACCUGUACGUUUUUGCUUGGUUACCAGAAUUGAUUAUCCAUGAUUUACUGCAGGACGUCGAUUUAGAUUUUCACCUAGUUAUUUAUAAAAUAUUAGUAUUUCUGGGUAAAGUGUCAGUAAUUUGUGCAUAUGCUUGUCCCAUUUUGGUGUACUAUUUACUGGUAGUUCAUAACAAAUAUUUCCGGUUGGCCUUUUAUAGGAGCUGGAAAAGAUCUCUGAAAAACUAUGAGUCCGAUGAUUUGGAUAUUGUCUCGAAUGAGGAAGGACAUGGAGAGGGUCCUGCGGUCGACGUCAUUGAACCUUCGUUAAUUAUUGGCAAUUAAAUUGUAAUUAUUUAUAUUUUAUGUAUUUUGAUAUUUGUUUAUAUACUUUUAUGUAACCGGCUGUGGAAAACAAUAAAGUUUUGUAUAAAAUUA